CGGAAAAUGCGGUGCACAAGGUGACUCUGACCGAGUGCACCCAAAGUAGCGAGACAAGAGGAGGUAAACGACGUUUGGCGCGGUCGGGAGAGUAGCUGCUGGCAGCAGGAGGAGAGGAACCGAGGUUCAGCUGCUUUCUGUCAGCCUAUCGAAGCUUGCCCUGCCCAGGCAGACGGAAAUACCUUCAAAAUGCCUCCCGUCGAAAAUGACAACGGGAAGACUGAACUCAAAUCUCGGAUACAGCAGCUCAUUGACUCCAAUCAAGUGAUUGUUUUCAGUAAAAGCUACUGUCCGUAUUGUGUUAAGGUGAAAGACUUGUUCAAAGAGCUGAAAGUCGAGUGUAAUGUGGUGGAGCUGGACCUCAUCGAGGAUGGAACCAACUACCAGGAGAUGCUGCUUGAGAUGACUGGACAGAAAACUGUUCCUAAUGUCUUCAUCAACAAGACGCACAUUGGGGGCUGUGACAAAACACUGCAGGCUCAUAAAGACGGCAGCCUGCAGCAGCUAUUAAGCGGAGAAAAUGAAGCUUAUGACUAUGACCUGAUCGUCAUCGGAGGGGGAUCUGGAGGUCUUGCCUGCUCAAAGGAAGCUUCUGUGUUGGGAAAGAAGGUCAUGGUACUGGACUAUGUUGUGCCCACGCCAAAGGGAACCUCAUGGGGUCUCGGUGGAACAUGUGUGAACGUGGGCUGCAUUCCCAAGAAGCUGAUGCACCAGACGGCCUUGCUGGGCACAGCCAUGCAGGACGCACGCAAGUUCGGCUGGGAGUUUGAAGAGACAGUGAAACACAACUGGGACACGAUGAAGACGGCGGUGAACAACUACAUUGGCUCACUGAACUGGGGCUACAGGGUGGCACUGAGAGACAAGAAUGUCAACUAUGUCAAUGCCUAUGCAGAGUUCAUUGAACCACACAAAAUCAAGGCAACAAACAAACGUGGGAAGGAGACAUUUUACACAGCAGCUAAGUUUAUCUUAGCUACAGGCGAGAGGCCUCGCUACCUUGGCAUUCCUGGAGACAAGGAGUACUGCAUCACCAGUGACGACCUCUUCUCGCUGUCUUACUGUCCGGGAAGGACCCUGGUGAUCGGGGCGUCAUACGUGGCUCUGGAGUGCGGGGGUUUCCUAGCCGGCCUGGGUCUCGAUGUCACCAUCAUGGUCCGGUCCAUCCUGCUCAGAGGCUUCGAUCAGGACAUGGCCAACCGUGCCGGAGAACACAUGGAGGAGCACGGUGUAAAGUUCCUCCGAAAAUAUGUCCCUGUAAAGGUAGAGGAGCUGGAAGCAGGCACUCCUGGCAGGCUGAAGGUGACAGCCAAGUCCACAGAAACUGAUGAGAUCAUCGAGGGAGAGUACAACACCGUGUUGAUAGCAGUGGGCCGAGAUGCAUGCACAGACAAGAUUGGCCUGGAUAAGGCAGGGGUCAAAGUCAACCCCAAGAAUGGAAAAAUUCCUGUGAAUGAUGAAGAGCAGACCAAUGUGCCCCACAUCUACGCCAUUGGAGACAUUCUGGAAGGCAAGUGGGAGCUGACACCUGUAGCCAUCCAGGCUGGCAAGCUGCUGGCUCGACGCCUCUUUGGGGGCGCUAAACUAAAGUGUGACUACAUCAACGUUCCCACCACUGUCUUCACCCCACUGGAGUACGGCGCCUGUGGUCUGUCAGAAGAGAGAGCCACUGAGCUCUACGGGCAGGACAACAUCGAGGUGUACCACAGUCUGUUGUGGCCUCUGGAGUUCACUGUGCCCGGCAGAGACAACAACAAAUGCUACGCCAAGAUCAUCUGCAAUAAAUUGGACAGCGAUCGAGUCAUCGGGUUCCACUAUCUGGGUCCAAAUGCUGGGGAGGUGACGCAGGGCUUUGGUGCAGCAAUGAAAUGUGGUGCCACCAAGGAGCAGCUGGACAGCACCAUCGGCAUCCACCCAACCUGUGCUGAGAUCUUUACCACUUUGGAGGUGACCAAGAACUCCGGUGGAAGCAUCACCCAGGCCGGCUGCUGAGGUUAAACCCUGCUCGUUUAGCGGGCUGCUCUCGUAUCAGACUGUCCUAUCAUCCCCUCUCUUCUUAGUUCCCAGCCAACCUUUAAGCUCAGCGUCACCUCCAGCCGCUCAGUUUUCAGGGCAGUUGUUUCUCAGGACAAAGCUAACACCAUGGCCGGCGUCUGAAUCGGUGAAAGCACUCAUUCAGGCUGGCUGGGAGCUAAGAGGUGACUGACAGAAGCCAGAGACGAGGAUGUGUGAGUCUCUAGGUCUGGCUGGGGUAGUUUGAUAUGAGCGCAGCCUGCUGAACAGCGGGGUUACUCUGCUGAUUUUUUUUUUUUCUGGGCUUCACCAGUGUGUCCUUCUCAGAGGAGCACCAACACACACACACGCUGCCAUUGGGUACGUGAGUGUUUUGGAGCUGUUUGUGACGUCCUGGCCCGUAACCUGAAAUACUGAGGUGGGCAAGGACCGAUGUCCCUCUGCAGAAGUGCCCGGUAGUGGUCCUAAUUCUUCGUCCAACCCCCAAGUUCAAACACUUCUCAUUCAUCCUCAGUGUACAGAUAACGUACAGACUAAAAUUGACAGAUUUAAAUUGGCACACGGUCAGGAUUUGAAUAGAUGCAUGGCUCUGAACUCUGAUCCAGCUUGUGACGGAAACUUAUUAUUUAACCAAGUGUUUGUGUGUGUGUGUAAAUUAAAUGUCAUCAUGUCUCCUUAGUUGAGCCUUCUUCAUCCGCACAUUCCUCCUACCAGGUCUUUACACCAAACUGAGGUGUAUACAUGUUGCUGUCAAUAUUUGUCUUUGCUGUGUGGAGGCACCAGGGCUUUCUGCCUUAAAGAGAACUCUCUACCAAAGCGUUUAUCUAAACAAGUCUGCAGAGAUAUCAAGAGCUGCCAAAUGUACAUCUUUCAAACCCUGAUGUGCUGCAACACUGUAGGAUAGAACUGAAUGGAAAAUACAACCUGAAUUGUACUGGAUGUUCUUUCAAAAACAUCCCAAGGUAUUAUUCAGUUAAUUUAAUGUUUGUUUGUUGGAUCUUGCUGUUUGCCUCUGCGUUAUGUGUAUGUAAAAUAUAUCUUUCUUCUUGCUGCUGUCAGUGAGUGGCAUUGGUCAUCUGUAUAAACGACUUGUUUUGUUGGUGUCAAACCACUGUAGAUUACUUCUCUCGAGAUUUAAUAAAGGAUGAAUUCACCA